AUGGAUCGACUUGGCGUCCUUGACAUCAAUGAUGGAACACAAAAGCCUCCGAAUAGGCGGCAUACGAACCAAGCCGGCCUCGGUGAAAAGCCUCGGCCUCGCCCCAAGAAGAAAAAAAGGUCCAUCUGCUGCUUUGAGAUCGUGGAUGAAGAAAGCGACGAGGAUUCCAAACCAUCAAUCCCAGUACAGAAACCCACCUUAUCUCGCCCGCCUCAAAAUUCUCACCAAGGGCGUCCUCAGCAUGGGCAAAUUCCAUCAUCUGGUCAGCAAAAACCAUCUCGGCCUUCUGCACCAACUCCUAGAAAGUCUUCGCAGGCCGGAUCUCCCUCAUCAUGGAUUCCUUCCAAUUUGGACCCUCAAACGACCUCGAUUCUUCUCACAGAGCUAGCUAAACCUAUCUCCGAUGCCGACGAGGAAGGCUACAUCUACAUGUUUUGGGUCACCCCUCCGAAAAGUACUCCACGAGGAAGCGAUCCAAGCGGACCAGCACAGCCUCCUGUUCCAAGGGAUAUCGCAUCGUCGCUACUGCCCCAAUCCCACCACAAGGACGAUACUCUCCGACCCCCAGCACAGCCACGCAGUGUUAGUGAUGCAAUCCGCGCAGCACGAGAUCUCAAUGCAUUAACCAAAAACCCGACAUCCACCUCACCUGGCACACUGCGACUGAAAAUUGGCAGGGCGAAUAACGUCCACCGAAGACUGGUGGAGUGGACACGCCAAUGCUCCCACGAUUUGACGCUCAUCCGCUACUACCCAUAUACCCCGUCUUCGUCUACGAGCUCUUCGCCAGCUAGAGUACCGCCAUCUCGGACUCCCGCGGCCGCUUUGGUGCCCGGAGGAAAGGUCCCGCAUGUCCAUCGCGUGGAAAGGCUUAUUCAUCUUGAAUUGGCAAAUCUUCGAGUUCGUGAUCUUGGGCAGUGCACGGAGUGUGGUAAGGAGCACCGCGAGUGGUUUGAGGUUGAAGCACAGAAGGAUGCAUUGCGAAAGGUAGAUGAAUGUAUUCGGCGUUGGAUUUCAUGGGGAGAAUCGAUGAAAUAA